CCCUUCCGGGCCGGCGGCGGAUGUUGGGGUUUGAAUCGUGUGUCGGUUUGCGCCGGCGGCGGCAGCUCUGCGCGCAGUGUUGGCGGGGCUGUCUGCGGAGCGAGUUGCGCCGCGCCUUGAAUGAGCUGAGGAUUUGUCCUGCUGCCUGUGGCCUCGGAGUUGGCUGAGCCGGGGGUACAUGUGCGUCUCCAGCCCGGUCGGGCAUUUUAUAACAUGCUGAAGUGAAACUCUGAUAUAUUCAGGACUCUGAAACUGACGGUGACCAUUCUUGGGAAUCACAGAAUCACAGAAACAUUCAGGUUGAAAAAGAUCCUCGGGAUCACCAAGUCCAAACUCUGUUCUACAACCUUUACCCCUGAACAAUAUCCCCAAGCACCACAUCUAAACGACCUUUAAACAUAUCCAGGCAGUCAGAAGUCAGAAUGAGUAAUACCAACAAUUUUGAUGUUCAAAGUCCACUCUGUGUUCUCUGUGGACGGACAGAUGACUGCCCUAAAAAGUAUGGAGAAAAAAAGACCUUUGUGGAAUACAAUGUCACUGUUCAUUAUUACUGUUUGUUGAUGUCAAGUGGCAUUUGGCAGAGAGGGGCAGAAGAUGAAGGUGUGGAUGGAUUUUUAUUUGCAGACAUUAGAAAAGAAGUAAAGAGAGCUUCAAAACUGACAUGCAACAUCUGUAAGAAAAAGGGUGCUUCAAUAGGAUGUGUAGAUCCUAGAUGCAAACGAAGUUACCAUUUUCCUUGUGGGGUACAGAAGGAAUGUAUUUUCCAGUUCAUGGAAGACUUCAGAUCUUACUGUUGGGAACAUAAACCAGUCCAAAAGAUUCCAGAUAAAGAAUGUAAAGGAAGCUCACAGUGCACAAUAUGCCUGGAUUUGAUUGAACAGCUUCCCUUGUACUCUGUAUUGAGAAGUCCUUGCUGUAAAAACGCUUGGUUUCAUCGAGAGUGCUUGCAGUAUCAAGCUUUGAGUGCCGGAAUAUAUUUCUUUAGGUGCACAGUAUGUAAUAACAAGGACACAUUUCAGAAAGAAAUGCUGAGAAUGGGCAUACACAUUCCAGAAAAGGAUGCAUCUUGGGAACUUGAAGAGAAUGCAUAUCAAGAGCUGCUGCAGUGUUAUCAACACUGUGAUAUUAAAAGGUGUCUAUGCAAGAAAGGAAGAGACUAUAAUGAACCUGACAGUAGUAAAUGGGAAAUAAAGCGUUGUCAGUCCUGUGGUUCCCGUGGAACUCAUUUGGCCUGUUCAUCUCUGAAGUCAUGGGAGCAGAACUGGGAGUGCAUGGAAUGUAGGAGUAUCUUUGCAAAAUCAGGAAAGUACAGCAAAAAGAAAAAGCGUUCUUUGGCUACCACUUACAAGACAGAUGGGACACCUUGUUUGUUUGAAGAGCCUUCUCCCAAGUGCCCUCGGCAGUCAUCUGGAACCCAACACAGUUUUCUUCUCCAAUCACCAAAGAGAAUGUGUCAGAACAACUCAAACCUAGAACUUCCUGCAUCCAACAGAGUGGCAAUGUCCUUAUCUCCAAUGAUGUCAAACAGGAAAUGCUCCCUGAGGAAACGGCAUUUAGUAAAGGAAAGAAGGGAAGCUUCUAAUACUCUGAAGGCUUUAAAACUACAAAUUAGUACGAAACCUACAAGGCUUAACAUCAAUGCAGAAAAUAUCUGGAACAGUGCUUUAAAAGGAUUUAGAAAACGCAGCUUCAGUCCUACAAACAGCAUUGAAGUCAAGUUCACAAAAUGCAACAGAUUGAAGACAGAUACUACUGUAUCAAAACACCAUUUCUUCCAACUGCUAAUGCUUCACCUUCAGAAUUCGUCAUUGUUUGAGGGCUCUUCUGCAAAGAACUUGUCUCUUGAUUAUCAAGCUGUAAGAGAGGACCUCUAUUUUGAAGCUGGUAAAAUGAUUGCAGUUUCUCUGGUUCACGGUGGCCCAUCUCCUGGUUUCUUUUCCAAAACACUUUUCAAUUGUCUUGUCUAUGGUCCAGAGAACGUGAAGCCAACUUUGGAAGAUGUUGCUGAUGUUGGUGUAGCAGAAACAAUAAAAAGGAUAAAAUAUGCAAAUAGUCUGUUUAGCCUAAAGACUAUCAUACAUGACUGUUAUGCGUUCCUUGCUGCGGCUGGAUGUUUAAGACCUGUAACAGAGCUGGGUGAUAAGGAUAUGCUGGUUGAUGACAUACUUUACUAUUAUGUGAUCAAGAGAAUCAUCUUACCCUUAGAAAGUUUUAAGCAAGGUUUGGAAACUCUUGGUGUGCUAGAGAAAAUGCAAGCACACCCAGAUGUGUUCUCUAGUAUAUUUUGCCACAAACCUGAGAGACUCUCAGCAGAAACUCUUUGUGAUCUCUUCACAAUCCAUUCCUCGUCAAAUGUAAAUCAAGUUGGAGGUGCUAAUUUUUGGAUGAUUUAUUUAAAAGAUGUGGAAAGUGGCGAGUCUGCAGUGACACUGCAGGAUGUUCUGUUCUUCGCAACAGGCUCUCUUUCUGUACCACCCGUUGGUUUUGAUCCUGAACCUACUGUUAAAUUUUUGCAUAUAAGGUGUCCCAUUGGAAACAGGCUCCUUAAUUGCUUGGAGCUCCCUAUAACAAAGACAUAUGAGGCAUUUAAGAAGAAAAUGGAGUUCACCAUCAGAAACGUCCUAAGAGUUGAAAGAGAAUAAAUAUUCUUGCUAUUAAACUGGAUUUUGAAAACAUCAUAUUUCCACAGGAUCAUCUGCUUGCAAAUUGCUAGUGCAUUUUUGGACAGCAUGCUCUCAGUCUUCUCCCACUUUCCCCCAAAGAUAUGCUAAAAGUAGUAAUCCUGUAAGACGGAAAACAAUUUUCAAAUUUAAGUUUCUGUUGAACCAUCUUCCUAAAGUUGGCUUUGUGUCAGCAGGCUCUUGCAGAAGUACUUUAAACAUCUUGCUAUAGACAAGUAUGAAAUAUUACCACACUCUUAAAUUCUACCAGUUUCCAACAGGUAAGUAUGCUAAUUGUAUGACAAACUUAAGUAACUUUGAUAAAUAAGUUAAAUUGGGUACAUUCUGAACGUAGCUGCUGUGGAGCUUUGUCUUAAGUAAAACUGUGAUAUAAUUCUUUAGUUGUUUCAUGCCUUUUUUUAAUUGUUUUUUAUAUUGAUGGUGAUUCAUUUAUCUUUUAGAGGAUUGAUACAGAUUUUUGAGUUAUGAAAUGGGACAGUUUUAAGGUCAUUGUGGUUAGUGCGUUAAGAUAGAAUCAAAGUUUGGAGAACACCUACGCAUAAUGAUCUGCCACAAGGACUUGAGUUUCUGUUGUUGAACAAAAUCUUUGACAUUUGCACAAGUUUCUGCAUUCUACUUCUGCACAUUACUUUUUCAUUAUGCAUAUAGCUGAAGUCUUAAAUAUGAAAAGAGUGAUCUUUCAAAAUAGAAACACAAGUUGAGCUUAAAAUUGUUGAGUCUGAAAGUGUAAGAAUUUGUUGCUCCUUUGUCUUUCAGUACUUUCAUAGCAAUAUGCAGUAUCACUAUUUGUUAAACUAAAGGCAGUCCACCAUUAAGGUUGUCAAUGCCUGACACUUUCCAAGCUUUUAGUGUAAACUGUUCCUGUUCAGUUUUAGCUGCACUCUAAGGAACUUCAACUGUAUAAAAUACAUUUCAAUUCUGCAAUAUUUGUAUAAACACCAUUAAGCUUUAAAAGUAGUGAAAUACCUACACGGUAACACUUCAGUGUUACUAGUACUAAAACUGAAGCAAAAAGGAUAUUUAAGUACAAGUUUCUUAAAUUACUAUUUCCCCUGACAAUUUGGCCACUUAUACUAUGUCCUAAACACAGGUUAUGCUGUAGAUGCAUAUAUCCAUAUAUUUCUAAGUUCUCCAAAACACUGAAAAGUAAUGAUAGACUUGAUUAACACAGCUUGGGUCUUAAUUGAAAAUACAAGGAUUUAUUUGCUUUUGAAUGCUGUGACAAGAAAGUACAUCCACAGUAAAUUAUAAAUAGAUAGGUGCUUAAAAAAACCCCAACCCUCCAGACUAAUCUGGUCUCAAGUUCUGAUUCAGGAUUCAUUGCAAGUAAUCCUCUUGAUUAAAUUGUGUUACUUAAUGCUAAUUACAUAAAAAUGAACUGCAACUGAAUUGUGAAAGUGGUAGUAGAGACUCACUGAAUUUGAGGCCGUGUUAUAAAGGAACAAAGACAAAGAGUAUUGAAAUUACCCAAAGAUGGUUGUGCAAAUGACCCAUU